CAAAUCAGCUAGCGUCAUAGUUAAUAUUUUAACAGCUCCAUUUGUCAACCUGUUGUUAUUACUAGAUCUAUCAAAGGAAAAUUUUACAGAGAAUUUAGCAGACAUUGCAAAGUUACAAGAAGCAUCAUAUCUUUAUAACAGGAAUACACGGAUUUAAACAAAAUUGUGUUACCAUGACAAUAAUUUAUCAAUAUAAAGUAGCAACUACUGGACUAGGAACAUUUACAAAACUGUUAGCAAGAUGGAGGGGUAGUGUGUAUAAGUUACUAUAUAAAGAAAUGCUAAUAUAUUCCGCUCUUUAUACCGUUAUCGCUUUAAUUUAUCGGUUGGUACUAAAUGAUGACCAGAGAACAUUAUUUGAAAAGGUUGUGAUAUCAUGUAAUCAGUAUACUUCCUAUAUUCCUCUGUCAUUUGUUCUCGGAUUUUAUGUUUCCAUGGUAGUUUCAAGAUGGUGGAGACAAUUCCAGAAUUUUCCUUGGCCAGACAGGACCGUAUUCAUGUUGUGUUGUUAUCUUCCCGGACAAACAGACAGGAAGCGGGUACUCAGAAGAACUGUUGCAAGAUAUCUGAUGUUUGGAAUUAUACUAAUAGCUCGUUCAAUAAGUGUAGCUGUCAUGAAAAGAUUUCCUACGCUGGACCACAUAGUAGAAGCAGGAUUCAUUACAAAAGAGGAAGCAAUGAUGUAUGAAAACAUUGAUUGCAGAUACAACAAGUUUUGGGUUCCCUUCAUGUGGAUCAAUAGUGUUCUUGUAACCGCAAGAAAAGAAGGUCUUAUACAAACUGAAUGGGGACUCAGAAUGAUAAUAGAGCCUCUUGCAGACAUUAGAGAUACUUGUUCGAAGUGUUUUGUAUACGACUGGAUAACAAUACCUUUGGUAUACACCCAGGUUGUAACGUUAGCCGUGUACACAUUUUUUGCAACAACAUUGAUAAGUCAACAGUUCCUUGAUCCUUCGAAGAACUACAAAGGAUAUGGAAUGGAUUUUUAUAUUCCUAUAUUCACAUUGCUGCAAUUUUUCUUCUAUAUGGGGUGGCUAAAGGUAGCAGAACAGUUAAUUAAUCCGUUUGGAGAAGAUGACGAUGACUUUGAUAUAAACUGGUUGAUUGAUAGACACGCUGCUGUUGUUAUGGCUUUAGUGGACCAAAUGUGUGACCAAUGUCCUCCUCUGGUUAAAGACUUACAUUUUGAAAACAUGUUUACUGAAGUACCGUAUACAGAGGCGUCAAUUGGGUCUAAAAGGCCAAUGUAUCUUGGUUCAACCUACAACCUGGCGUCACCGUCUACUCGCGGAUCAAGAAUAGUGUUGGGUGAUGUUAUGGACCAAGACUCUAAUAGACACAUGUCUUUUGGAAGUAAUGCUGCUGGAUCAUUACUUAGCAUUGUUACCGGUAGAUCAUCGUAUUCACGACCACGUUUUUGUUCUACAAAUUCUCACGAUCAUUUGUACAAUAUGCCACUAGAAAAACAAUACAUGGAUUACCAGCCAAUACCAAAUGGUAUCAACCCUGAGACAAUGAGUUAUAUGGAUGAAGAUACGGAUUUUAAAAAGCCGUCAAGCUUGAAAGCUCCCAGAAUGACCAAACGAAAGUCAUGGUCAUCUGAUUCUAGUCUUACGAAACGAACUUUGGCCAGAGUUGCAAUCACGGGGAGAGAUAGAUCUAAUACAGAUUCCAGAAAGUCAAGGAAAAGAAAAGUCAGUUUUCCUUUACAUUUAAUUAAAUUCUUCAGUAGAACAGACUCCAGAAAAUCUUCUAAUGAUUCAAAUUCUACUGUUAAGUCUGUAGGGAAAUCGUCAGUUAAAACGAGAAGCUUUGAGGAAGGACUUGAAAAAGACUUUGAUUAUGCACAGGAAUACGUCCCACUAAGACGUGCACAUGUUGACCCAAAUGAUGAUGAAAAUUCAAAUGAAAUAGUGAAAAGUAAAAGUAAAGCUAGAAGGAGAAAAACAAGCUGUCCUCCGAAUCUUUUCGAACAUGUUUCCGAUAUCAAGCGGAAACUUUCCUCGCCAGGUACCCAUGACAGAACAUCCAGAUUUACUAUUGAGAAGAUAUCAGAUGGAUCAGAUAUUGAUGCUCGUUCUAUGCAGAGAAGAAAUGCACAGAAGAUAGAGAAUUUUAUUUCUGAUCAUGCAGUUUCACGGGCACCUUUGCUGUCGACAGUGGAAGAAGGGGGAACAAUAACAAGCAUUUCACAGUUGGAGGACACUGUGAUUAGACCCUCACCUACAAUACAAGAGGAAGAGGAACCAUUUGAGUUUGGAGAUGUUCCAACAGUGCUCUUACUCCCUGUUAUUCAAGUCAACGGCCAGGCUGCUGAUAUUAUACAAUAAUAUUGUUAGAAUGUGAACAUGUUUCAGUGUUUCACAUGAAAGGUGAUUUUACCCGACAGUAUUACUUUAUCCAUUUGAGCUGACCACGCAGAAAGUGGCAGCUCGUAGCUAAAGGAUUGUCUAUUGAAAAAAUGUUAAUUUCAUCAGAUUUUGUCUGACCGUUUUGCCGACAUUAUUUUCUUGGCAAUUUUUCACCCAAAACUCUUUGAGAAAACAACUUCAUAUUUGAACAUCGACUUUUGAAUAUCAAAUAGUUCGAACGAUUCGGGGGUAGAGUUAAGGCUGUCAGACACCAUGUACAUAUCUGUUAUCACUUAUGUCAUGCAGUAUAAAAAUAUAAUAUCAUUUCGAUACCAACAAAAAGAACACAUUAAAUACAUGUUGAAUUAAAAUAAGAUUAAUCUGAGAAAUUAAGGUACAUAUCUAUACGCAUCGUGCGUUUAUAGAACUAUUUUUUUUUAAUAUAUGAUAAUUAUAAAUUUAUGUAUUAUCAGGUACCACUAUAAAAUAAAUAAAAAAUAUAAUAAAAUCUAUCUUAUUUUGAAUAAUCAGUAAUUUAGGCCGGGCAAAACAACUGCUUCACAGUCGAUGACGGUUUUGUUACAACUAUCGUCGUUAUCACAAUCCCGUCCUCCUUUUCCCUAAAUGUUACCUUCAUAUUUUUAAAACAGAAAUCAGUUACACAAAGAGUACAAAAUGAUUAGAUUCAAUGACAUGUUUGGAUCUUCAAGGAAUAAAAUGCCAUGAAAACAUAAGAAAACGGUAGUCAUAUAGUUCAAACGUCUUAAAACUUCGAAAAAAAUCGAUAAAAUCCUAUUUCCGACGUUACAAAUGUGCUUAAUUUACA